AUGCGCGCAACGAACGCUUCUUCCAAUAAGAGGCGAAAGGUUUUCUCUGUUGAAGCCAAGAGCCGGAUCAAGAAACACGGUGCCGACUUUGCGAAGUUCAUCGAUAAGGAAACUCACACAACACGGAUUCCUCAGAUUGGCGUCGAUAUAUUGAAGAAAGACAUCUCUCCAGAUCUUGCAGGCGUUUUGCCCUGGAUGAGUUCUUCGUCGACUCUCCAGAGACAGAGCACCCAAACUUACCCGAAGAUGAUUCUCAAAGCACUCGACAAUUUACAGAGUGAUAUGAGGACUUACGAAGGCCUAGUCAAGCAAGACUACAAGAUCCGAGCACCUAACUGGAUGCGCUGGCAGCAAGAUAUCAAAGACUUGGAGGAUGUGAGCAAGCACGGUCUUGCGAUGGCUUCAAAGAUGAUCAAUCAUUUUAUUAUGCCUGAUUCACACGACCCUCCUCCCAAGCCUUCUGAAGGCGCCGCCGGAGUUGAGCAUGUAGCAUGGGAUCUGAUUGAGGAGGCUCUACCAAAGAUGUCUGACGGUAUAUGGGGAAAGAUUGCGCAGGGUCAUCUGAAGGCGUUUACUGGGGUUUUGAAAGUGCUGUCAACUGAAGUUGAAGGAUGA